AUGUCGACUUUGAAUAUACCAAUGGAAGAUGAGAUGGAUGUGGACGAUGAAUUGUUGGAAAAGCCAGAAAAUGAGGACCAGAACAAAAACGAGCAGGCCAACAAAGACGCAGAUGCUCUGAAAGACUCCACCAAGCAGGCGAUUAAAGAUGAGGAUGAUGACGACAAAUCUGCUGGUCCCAAGUUCAAUAUACCCAUUUUGCCCGAGUAUUCUAGGAAAGAUAAGACGCUAAAGGAAAUAUUGGAAAUGAUGGAUGAAUACGCCCCUAUCAUACCAGAUGCAGUCACAGACUACUAUCUUGCUAAGAAUGGGUUUGAAUGUUCUGAUAAGAGAAUUAAAAGAUUAUUAGCAUUGGCUACACAGAAGUUCAUCAGUGAUAUAGCUGCUGAUGCUUACGAAUACUCUAGGAUCAGGUCUUCUUCUGCUGUUUACAACUCAAGCAAUCCUCAGGUUAGAGCCAGAGCAUUAGCUGCCAGUCAGCUUGGUGUGCAAAACACUACUAGUUCUUCAGGCAAUAACCAAGGCAAGAUUGUUUUAACAAUGAAUGAUUUGAGCAGUGCUUUAGGAGAAUAUGGUUUGAAUAUAAACAAGCCAGAUUUUUAUCGUUAG